AUGGAGCUUGGUGAUACACAAGUGCAAACUAGCCAGAAGAUUCAUCAAGCCUUUAGCGAUGAAGCCAUGGGAAUAACACAGAUAAAGGAGUGGUAUAAUCGCUUCAAGCAAGGACAAACCUCAGAUAAGAGCAAGCCAUGGUCAGGCAGGCCAUCCACCAGCAGAAACGAAGAAUUCGUUGAAAAUGUUUGUCGAAUAGUGGAGGACGACCGUCGUAUAACCAUCAAGGAAAUUACUGAAGAAGUAGGAAUAAGCACAGGAUCAGCUCAUACAAUUUUAACGGAAGAUUUGGCCAUGCGACGAGUGUCUAAAUUCGUUCCCAAGUUGCUGGUGGAACAGCAGAAACAACUCUGCCUGAAAAUUGCACAAGACCUGCUUGACUGUGCUAACAGUGACUAG